CUGACUUACGCGCUGUCUAGGCCUACCUCCUCUGGCUGUCUUACAUCCGACUAUCCCCCGCAGUGAGAUACAACUCGCCUUUCCUCCGCGUGCACGUCGCAGCUCUCUACGUCUUCCUCUGGUUCAUCGCCGUCGUAAACAUGCGCACAUCGCUCAUCCGCGAUGUCCGUUCGCUAACCGGCUUCCUCGCCCUCUUCGACUUCCUCUGCAUCUCUCUUCUCUUCGCGCUCAGUCUCAUGGCCCCCGUCAACGACAAACCCGCGUACUUUGAGGCAACGAACGGGAUGACGCCGAACCCGACUCCGUACUCGUCUAUAUUCACCAUCCUAUCGUUUGGCUGGGGCGAUGCAAUCACGAUGCAGUCGUAUCGCAAGCCCUUGACUAUGGCCGACGUCUGGGAUCUCAGAGAUGACAUGCGAUCAGCGCUUUUGAUGCCGGGCUACAGAGUCGCGAAAGGAACCCGCUCGAUGCUCUACGGUUUACUCAAGUACUUCCGCCCGAGUCUUGUCUUUGGCGUCAUAUUCUCGUUCAUCUACGCAGGUUGCACGUUCGGGCCUACUGUGCUCGUCCGCCAGAUCUUGCGGUACUUGGAGGAUCCUGAGCGUGAGCCGGCGCAUAUGGCGUGGCUUUACGUGUUUUUGCUGUUUUUCUUUGCGAUUUUCAACGCGGCUGUCUCGGGACAAACGCUGUGGACGUUCCGACAGACUGCGUUGCGCGUGCGCGCGGUUAUCGUCGCCGAGCUCUACAGCAAGGCGUUGAAGCGGAAAAUCGGCGUCAAUGCAGGUGACAGUAAAGAAGCAUCCGAAGCAAAGGCUGCGCUGAAAGCGAAAGCAAACGAGGAAUCUGAUAGCAAGGGGAAAAAGGUUGAAGGCGAAGAGGAAGCUGCUGCAAAGUCUGCGCCUGCGCGCGACGAGCAGGUUGAUCUCGGUCGACUUAUUAAUCUGAUGGCUGUUGAUGCGUUUUCGAUUGCUGAAGUUGUCGGCCGGUUGAAUCCGCUGAUCCGAGGAACGCUAAUGAUUUUGAUCUCGAUGGUUUUGCUGUACGACACGCUAGGUCCCAGUUCGAUCGCAGGUAUUCUCGGCAUGCUGACUCUUCUCCCGAUCAACAUCAAAUUCUCGCGUACGUUCGGCAAGAUCCAGAAGGAGCUGCUAGGGAUCACCGACAAGCGCAUCCAAAAGACAAAUGAGAUCCUGCAAAGCAUCAAGAUCAUCAAAUUUUUCGCCUGGGAAGAGCGGUUCCGGUCAUCGCUGCAGGAGGUGCGAUUGCAGGAACUCAAGACUCUGCGGCGACGGUUUCUCGUGGUAUCGAUCGCGUCCACGAUUUGGCUCGGAUUCCCGACCAUCAUCACUUUCCUCACUUUUGCGUGCUACACGCUUGUCGCCAAGCACGAGCUGACGGCGUCGGUCGCGUUCAGUUCGCUUUCGCUUUUCAAUCUGAUGAAGGAUCCUAUGGACCGUCUUUCCGAGAUGAUCACCAACGUCAUCGAAGCCAAGACCUCUGUCGAGCGUGUUCAGAAUUUCCUGAACGAGGAGGAGACUCAGAAAUAUGUUCAGCUGCGCGGACUGCACCGCAGCGAUCCCAGCGAUCCUACGAUCGGGUUCAAGAACGCCUCAUUUGCAUGGGGCGAAAGUGACACGCAGUACGAUUUCCGACUGCAGAACUUGAAUGUCGUGUUUGAGCCCGAAAAGCUGUCGGUCAUCGUCGGUCCUACGGGUUCGGGAAAGACGUCGCUGCUGAUGGCCUUGCUUGGCGAGAUGCAUCUCUUGCGAGGAAAAGUGUUUCUUCCCGGGUCUAGCUUGCUCGAUCAGCCCAUUCGCGACAGACAUACCGGUCUUGUUGAAUCGGUCGCGUACUGCGCGCAGCAGCCAUGGCUGCUAAACGACACCGUACGCGAGAACAUCCUCUUCACAAACAAGUACGACGAGCAGCGCUACAACGAGGUCGUCAAGCUCUGCGCCUUGCUGCGCGACUUUGAGAUCCUCGAUUCCGGCGACCAGACGUUUGUCGGCGAAAAGGGAAUCUCGCUCUCGGGCGGCCAGAAACAGCGCAUCUCGCUCGCGCGCGCGCUGUACUCUCCUGCUCGGCAUCUGAUCCUGGACGACUGUCUCUCGGCCGUGGACUCGCACACCGCGCUCUAUCUGUACGAGCAGUGUAUCACCGGCCCGUUGAUGAAGGGACGGACGUGUAUUUUGGUAUCCCACAACGUCGCGCUGACGCUCUCGCAGGCGGCGAAGGUCGUCGUGCUCGAGAACGGGCGCGUGGUGGCUGAUGGUACGCCGACGGAUGUUGUCGCGCAGGGAGUACUGGGGUCCGACGAGCUUCUGCUGGCCAGUGUGCAAAACUCGCGCGAGGUCUCGCGCGUGCCGUCGGCGACUGAUAUCACCCAGCUUUCAAACGCGACGACAACAACUGCGGACAAGCCGGCGGCGACAAAGGAGGCUAACAAGACGAAUGCGAACACGGCGAGUGUCGAGGUGCAGCAGGUUGGAAUGGUUAAGUUCAGGGUGUACUAUUCGUAUCUGCGGUCGAUGGGUCUGGUUGGUUACUGGAUCAUCACGGUCUCUAUUCUUGUGCUCCAUCAGGCGUUUGCGAUUACGCAGUCGUACUGGGUUAAAGUGUGGUCGAUGGCGCUUGCAUCAGUUGAGUCGGCAGGCGUCUUCGCUGCGUCUUCUUCGCAGCUGAGUUCUUCGUCCAACUUCUCGACCUCGCAGAUCUUUGAUAUGGCUCCUCAGAACGGUGUUCAGAAUCUGAUGAUCCCCCUUCUCCCGGACCACCCCGCGCUCCCGCACCUCUCCGCCCGCUCGGCCGAUAGCAUGUUCACGUCAGCAGCAUCGACAGGCGACGCCAAAGGCCCCGGGUUCUACCUUGCGAUCUACGGCCUGAUUGCGCUGAUCUACAUCACGUUCUCGUUCCUGCGCGAGAUUGCGUUCUUCUACGGCUCGCUGACGGCGUCGAAGAAGCUGUUUGAUCGGUUGCUCGAAUGUGUUUUGCGUGCCACCCCGAGGUUCUUUGAUCAGACGCCGGUGGGGAGGAUUAUUAAUCGGUUCUCGAAGGAUAUCGAGAGUAUCGAUCGUGAGGUUGCUGUUGAUGCAUUGGGCCUGAUUCACUCGACGUUGUCAGUGAUUGUGAUUAUCGGAGUCAUCAGUGUAAUCAUGCCAGUCUUUCUACUCGUCGGCAGCGUCGUCAGCGCGAUCUUCUUCUUCAUCAACCUGCUCUACCUGCAAGCCUCGCGCGAGCUCAAGCGCAUGGAAUCCGUCACCCGCUCGCCGAUCUACCAGCAUUUCGGCGAGACGCUGGUGGGUGUGAGCACGAUCCGCGCGUACGGCUACGAGCAGAAAUUCAUUGCCGACAGCAUGGGCAAGGUGGAUACAAACAUGCGGCCGACGUGGCUGAUGUGGGGUCUUAACCGGUGGAUGAGUCUGCGGACCGAUCUUGCCGGCGGACUGAUUUCGUUCUUUGCGGGAACGUUUGUGAUGCUUGCGCACAAGUCGAUUGACUCUGGACUCGCGGGGUUGAUUCUCUCGUACGCAAUCACAUUCACGCAAAACAUGUUUUGGGUCGUCUUCCUGUACUCGUCCAACGAGAUGAACAUGAACUCAGUCGAGCGCAUCGACGAGUUCCUGCAGAUCGAGCAGGAAGCCGCCGACAUCGUCGAGGACAGCCGUCCGCCGCACAACUGGCCGUCGACCGGCGCGAUCGAGGUCACCGACCUCACGCUGCGAUACGCGCCCGGUCUGCCGCGCGUCAUCAAGGGCAUCAGUUUCUCGGUCGAUCCGUGCUCAAAGAUCGGCGUCGUCGGCCGGACCGGCGCGGGCAAGUCGACGAUCGCGUCCGCGUUCUUUAGGUUUCUCGAGGCCGAGACGGGGAAGAUUGUGAUUGACGGGAUCGAUAUCUCAAAGAUCGGGCUGCGGGACCUGCGGCAGUCGUUGACAAUCAUCCCGCAGGAUCCGACGCUGUUCACAGGUACCGUGCGCUCGAACCUCGACCCGUUUGACAAUUUCACCGAUCGUGAGGUGUUUACCUCUCUCAAGCAAGUGCACCUGAUCGCCGACAUCCCCGGCGAGGAAGAAGCCGAGAGCAGCACGCAAGCGCAGUUGUCGGAGCAGGAGCGCGAGGCGCGCGAUAUGAAUGUGUUUUACAGACUCGACAGCCCUGUUACUGAAGGAGGCGGCAACCUGUCGCAGGGCCAGCGGCAGCUGAUGUGUCUUGCGCGGUCGCUGCUGCGGUCGCCGAAGAUUAUCUUCCUGGACGAGGCGACGGCGUCGAUUGAUUACAACACCGACGCGCAGAUUCAGGAGACGAUCCGUGAGGAAUUCUCAGACACCACGAUUCUUACAAUCGCGCACCGUCUCCGCUCGGUCAUAGACUACGACAAAAUCCUCGUUCUGGACGCGGGCAUGAUCAAAGAAUACGACUCGCCGCACGCGCUGCUGCAGAUCCCUGAUUCAAUCUUCAGAAGCAUGUGCGAGAGUAGCGGCGAAUUGGAAGCGCUCGAGGUGUUGGCGAAGCAGGCGUAUGACGCAAAGUUGCAGCAGCAGCAGCAGCAGCAGCAGCAGGAGUAGAAAAUUGUCAGAAAGAAAAUGUGAGGAGGGGGGAGCGUUGAGUUUUGGAUUACGUUUGGCAGUUCUAUUUAGUAGUUUUGCAUUUGCAUAUUUUGUCUUAAAUUUUGAUCACUCUAAUAGUUUUGCAUAGAAGAGAUACGAAGAGGAGAGAGAAGGUGGUACACAAGUGAACAAGUCAUAUUUUGAUCUAUCGAUAAAACAAAUCUACAAGCUAAAACAGCAACCUAAACUAAGCACAAGAUUAGUCUCUGUACAACAAAAAAAGGCGCGCGCCUUUACUCUGCACACAACUUUCUCUCGUGCAAA